UGAGAAAGAGAGUCUUUGAGAUUAAUUUGAGCUAGUAGCUAUGGACAUGAAGGGAAGUAAUUUAGCAGUUGUGGUUACGAUGUUCAUGAUGGUUUGGGUUGCUAUGGGCCAAUCGGUUGACCCUAACUUUGUUGAUUAUUAUUCGCUUGCCGAUGAUGUCACACCUUUUGAAAACUCUCCUCAUGUCGAUAAAAUUCCACCUCCUCAUCAAAACCCUAGACCUGUAAUCCCACCCUUUGAAACUGUAUCACCACCUAUGAUCAGAAUCCCUGUUGUCCCAAAAUCACCUCCUCCCACUUCUCAUCAUGUUCCUCCAAAACACAACCCAUGUCUGAGAAAAUGCCACAGAAAAUGCAACGAUAAUGACAAGUUGAUAGUUAGAAAAGCUUGUUUUGAGGCCUGCCCUGCUGAAUGCAAGAUUGAAGCAACAAUGUCUCUCAAAAAGUGUAUAAUUGCCUGCGUAAAAGCCAUACCCACGUAUCCUACCCCUGCUAUUGUUGCUGAAAAUAACUUCAAGGGCCAAUUGGAUUUCUGCUAUAAGAGGUGCAGCUCAAGAAUGAAGAUCAAUAAUUAGAUAUUUUUAUAAUUUUCAUCUCCAUAAGAGAAAAUAUUAUUAAUGGAUUGAAUAAUUGUAUUAGAUAUUACUACUCAUGGAACGGUAUUGAAUUGAAUAAGAAUUCUCUCUUCGUUGAGAUAUUUCAGCA